AUGUUUGGACAAAUUAUUAUUGGAGCACCGGGAGCUGGUAAAUCGACUUACUGCAGCGGCAUGUCACAGUUGCUUACUGCUCUAGGUAGACGUACAGUAUGCGUGAAUCUCGAUCCAGCUAACGACUUUAUGCCUUAUGAAUGCGAUGUGGAUAUACGAGAAUUGAUCACUGUUGACGAAACAAUGCAACGUCUAAAGCUCGGACCAAAUGGUGCUUUGCAGUAUUGUAUGCGAACGUUGAGUAGGAAUAUGGAAUGGUUGCAUCAAAAACUUUCUUCGAUGGAUGGUUAUUUGCUAAUUGAUUUUCCUGGACAAUUAGAACUCUAUAAUAGUGAUGAUUGUAUUGCAAGCAUCAUACGCACUUUAUUGCGAGGACAGAUUGAGAAAUGGGGACAUCGUCUUGUGGUAGUGCACCUUAGCGACAGUGUGUAUUGUGCAGAUGUGGGCAAGUUCAUUGCGGUGGUUUUGAGCGCACUAUCGGUUAUGGUAAAUCUUGAGACGGCACAGGUGAAUGUGCUCUCGAAAAUGGAUUUGAUUGCUAACGAUCUUCCUUUCAAUGAAGAUUUCUUCCAGCAGUUACCGAAUUUACGAAAAUUUAUCGAGUUACUCGAUGAUGAUGUGGUGUUGAAGCGAUAUAAAGAAAUGAACGAAUCGAUGUGUCGAGUAAUCGAGGAUUUUGACUUGAUCAACUUUAUGGGCGUUGAUGUGAAUAACAAAGAAAGUAUGCUCAAAAUGUUGAAUGCGGCCGAUAUUGCGAAUGGAUUCGCUCUUAUUGAGCACAAAGAUCUGAGGAACAUUGUCUUCGAUCACUCGAAAAUCCCCUCUCAAACUUAA